GUUAUCAUUAUGGCAUGGCCUAACGAGUGCACGUGCAUACUUUAAUACUUUUACAAUUAAUCUUUUUACUUUUUUAAGUUGUUGGAGUGUUUCUUAAAGUAAAUAGUCCACUGCACAUUAUCACCCAUUUAUCUUCAAAACUUCCGAAAAUGGGGAAGAAAAACAAAGUAACUCUGAACGAGCACAAUGUAACCGAUACGGCGGAUGAUUUCGAGGAUCUCUCUUCAGACAUGAAAGAAAAUCUGAAAGACUUCAGAGAUAAAUUUCGUAUCGACAUUGUGAAGUAUGACCAUGAAAAGUUUGAAUUUGAUAUGAUUGGUAUUCCCCCAGCCAUUGCAAAUGCUGUUAGAAGAGUGCUGAUUUCUGAUGUGCCCACCAUGGCUAUCGAUAGGGUUCAUAUGCUCAACAACACAUCAUUAAUGCAAGAUGAAGUGUUAGCUCACCGCUUAGGUUUAAUACCUUUGAAAGCUGAUCCUAGGCUGUUCGAAUACAGAACUGAAGAAGAGAGUGAAGGCACUGACCAAGAUUCCCUCCAGUUUGAAUUAAAAAUAAAGUGUAGUCGAAAUGCUGCAGCGGGAAAUGACAAAACCUUACCCGAUGAUUUGUAUGUUGAUCACAAAGUUUAUUCAAAACACCUCAAGUGGAUACCAAUCGGAGGACAAGAGGAUCUUUACAAAGAAGAAGAAAUUGGACCCAUUCAUGACGAUAUUUUGAUUAUGAAACUUCGGCCAGGCCAUGAAAUCGAGUUGAGAGCGUUUGCAUACAAAGGGGUAGGGAGAGAUCAUGCCAAAUUCUCGCCAGUUGCAACUGCUCAUUACAGACAAUUACCAGAAAUCAGAAUUCUAAGGUCUGUGGCAGGAGAGAAGGCUCGGAGACUUGCCACCUGCUUCUCACCAGGAGUCAUUGGUAUCAAAAAGAAUAAAGAAGGGAUGGAGGAAGCUUAUGUCAUUGAUGCCAGGUACGACUCAAGUAGCAGAAACGUUUUCCGGUAUGAUGACUUGAAAGACUGCGUAGAAAUGACUAGAGUGUCAGAUCAUUUUAUCUUCACUGUUGAAUCCACUGGAGCUCUUUCUCCUGAUAUACUCUUCAUCGAAGCUCUCAAAAUGCUGAAAAAGAAAUGCAAAGAGUUAUCGGACCAGAUACCAUGAUAGUAUGUACGCCAAAAUUUCCAAUCCAUUUGUUUUCUUGUUAUGAAAAGCUUAAUACAUCCCCGUAAUGGACGUGAGGCAUCCCAAGAUCCUGAGCUAUCAUCCAGGUGGAAAGAAAGAAGCUGUCAAGUAUCUCUUUGAAAUGUUACAAUUACAUAAUAGCAAAACACUUGCUUUCUGAUACUGAAGAUCAUAUCUUUAAAGUAUUCAUAUCAAUGGCUAAGAAACAGUGCUGCUUACCUACAAACUGAAGGCUUCACUGGACGCAGAAAAAACCUCGAAUUUUUUGCAGCUUUGAGAUUAGUUUUGCAAUUUAUUUAAUACAUUAAUGUGUCAUUGCAGCGCUCUCAUGCAAAAUUGGAAAAAAAUAUGAACCUCAGCUUGCUUAUUUUAUACUGUAGAAUGCGGCAAAGUAGGUAACUCAUUUUAGCCAAAAUUGCCAGUUAAGCGGUAUUGGUCCUUAGCCAUUGACACAAUGCUCAUUUUUAGGCAUAUCAUUCAUACGAUACUUAUACAUGCUGAGCAAAAUCUUCAAAACUGAGAAUUCGAAAUUCUACAAAUUUCAGUUCAGAAACUGAAGUUUACCAAGUUUAACAGCACAUAUCAGGUCCUGAAGAAUUUUGUUUGAGUCCGGCAUUAAUUGUUUUUCUUCUCAACCUGUAUCAUCAUACACCACAAUGUAUGAAACUGUGGGUUUUUUCUAUUUCUAGUGUAAAACAUCUUGAUCUACAAGAUUUUUGAUGUUUCAGAAAUGUAGCAUUAAUUGCACAUGGUUGAUGGUCAUGGGUGGAAAAAUUAAACAUUUCCACAUAAUUUGAAGUGUGCACUUAAUUUUGUGAUAUUCAUGUUUGAAUUGUUGAUUAUAAGUGGUGUAGAAAUGUAAGUAGCCAUGCUUGUGGAAUGCAAAGAAUACUCAGAGGCACGCUUGGAGGCACGCUUCACAAGAAGAUCAGGAACACAUAUUUCAGAGUCUGCCUCUUAUGGUGUAGUGGUUGUAGUGCUAGCUCUAUGAUCGUGAGGUCUCGGGUUCAAUUCCCGGCUAGGCAACCCG